AUGAGGAUCAGAACAUUUCCUCAGGAGGACAGGACUGAAACUGAUUCUGUGGAACAGGUGAUUGACAGCAGAUGUGUAUUUAAAGACCGAGUGAGAGUGACCAGCACCAGCAGCCUUCAGAUCCAGCAGAUCAGAUCCAGCAGCCUUCAGAUCCAGCAGAUCAGAUCCAGCAGCCUUCAGAUCCAACAGAUCAGAACCAGCAGCCUUCAGAUCCAGCAGCCUUCAAACUCCCAGGAACCAAACAUGUCCAAUUUCAUCACUGAGCUCCAGGUGUCUCUGACUGAAGAGGAAGCUAUUCCUCUGCAAAACAGCGGUUACAUUAAGAUUCCUCAUGCUCUGAACCAAGGAACCAAAGGAAACAUCUACCUGUGGUACAAGAAAGGUAGUGGUACACCGGUCACCAGGGUCCAGUUUUCAUUUGAUGGGAACACCAGCAAGGGUCUGAAUGAUGCAGGGUUCAUAAAGAUCGACAAAAACCUGGGUGUUGGAACGGGAAACGAAAUCUACGUGUGGUACAGCAAUGAAUCCACAGAGGCUAAACUUCCCGCCAUCACUGAUAUCAAGAUCACUAGCGCAAAGGAUGCGGAUGACGCAGCUUUUAAGCUGACAUCUGGCUGGGAUGCACCUGAUGCAGCUUAUAAGAUGGCAUCAGGCUGGGAGCCUGUGUCCUCUGAGCUGUACUGGUGGUGGUGUUUGUCUAAAACAUGGAUCCUCCUGUGGGUGAAGAAAGAGGAAAAAACCUACGUCAAAAAAAUCAUUGCCACCAAUCACUUUGAUAAUGACCACCAACUUUUCAAAGAUGGUUACACCCGACUGGAUCAAAACACCAACAGAGGAGCAAAAGAAGCGAAACCAGUCUUCAUCUGGUGCCUUUCAACUACUGACCCAGCUGAGGCCAUCAGGGAUCUGAGCGUCUCCACCAAUGAUGAUCAGGUGCACAACCUUCAAGCUCAACAUUUUCAAGAAGUGAUCCCGGAUCUCAAUGAGGGGACCGGAGGAGACAAAGUCCACUUGUGGUACAAAAAGGAUGACAGCAAAACUCCCAUCAUGUCCGUGACCUCGAUCUGCAACCUAGAAAAUGUGGGGCCAUUUGUGAGUGCCGGGGCCAUCGUCAUCGAAGAAAAUCUCAACUCAGGCAAUGAAUCUGGUGAAAAGAUGCUGCUGGUUUUCUACCCUGAGCCGGCAAACUAAAAGAGCUCCUGACAGGAACCAGAACAGAACCUGGUUCUGUUGGACCAGUCUGGUGGUGGUUCUUCUACUGAAAUGAUGUUUUAAAUCUUAGCGUUGUGGUUCUGUUGGACCAACAUGUGAAAUUCUUCCUGAUGAAACCAACAGACUUCAAUGAUUUUGUAUCACUUUAUUCUGAUUGGAUCAAUAAAGUCUCAAAUCAUUCUG